GUCGUCCAAGAUGGCGGCAGUGGCCGUGCAGGCUGCUGCAAGUGGACGACCUUCAAAGCGAAAAUCUCGYCGCGCUUUAGCUCAGUCAUUUCUCUCUAACAUAUCACUUGAUGGAAAUAUUACUAGUGAAACAACUGGUUCUUGUUCAGAGCCAAAUACGCCUAUACGAGAAAGACARAGAUCGGUAAACGUCGAAGAAUCUGGGGAUAAUGUGACCCGACCUUUGCAAGACUAUAAUGUUGGCUCGUCAGCUAAACCUAAAUUCAUGCACUCGAUCUCGGAAUCAGCUGCCAGCUUCGAAAAGGAUAAAUUAAGAACGUUUAGUACACUUGGUGCAAGAGAAAUGAAAACUUUGAAAGCGCAUGAUUCGCUACAUCGUCGUAGUCACUCGCUGACCGAGUCAACUCUGACUGACUGUUCUAGCAGUAGCUCAAGUUUUUCAGGAUUUCUUCAUUACGGCAAAGGAGCAACAAGGCAUAAGAUUAGUUGCAUGACUGGAUCGUCGUUUAAAAACCGGAGAAGAUUGACAGAUAAAAGAAUUGUUGUGUGUUCAUCACGUAAGGUCCCCUUCCUUACAUAUUCUGUUCUAAAGUACCACAAGGAAGGAAGAGAACAUGGUGCUGAAGGAUCAGGGAAAAAAAGGGCAUCUGCACCAAAUGCACACAGUAUAUGUAUUGAAGGGGUGGAAAUAGGCACMGGAGAUAAGACUGUGUCCUAUAGUUCGCUGCUUGUUCCAUCCUACUACAUUAUGGUGAAAAGUGGUGAGAAGUCUGAUGGGUACACUCCCUACAGCCCAAGACAUGAUACUGUCUUUGAAGAGUUCAGUUUCAACUGUGCAGCUGCCAGUAGUGAUUAUGAGCCRUAUAUCUUGGAUGAUCCUGAACUGAUGUCAGGCAAGCAUAGGACUGUACUUCAGCUGAGCUCAUACAUGGUAUCAGUAACAGCCUAUGCAAAGCCUUCUGAACUCAAAAAGGAUUUAAAUGAAAGAUUUAAAGAGAAGUUUCCUCACAUUGCUAUUACACUUACAAAGUUAAGAAGCCUUAAGAAAGAUUUAUUAAAGAUUGCCUUAUCUGUGGAAUGUCAGCUGGAUCUGACCACAGUUGCCUAUGCUUAUGURUACUUUGAAAAGCUAAUCCUAAAGGGCAAAAUAAAUAAACCAAACAGAAAACUUGUUGCAGGAUCUUGUUUACUUCUUGCUGCAAAGUUCAAUGAUGACAGAAGAGUUAAAACCAAAGAUCUUAUAGAUAAAAUUGAGGACAAGCUCAAGAUUCAACUGAAGGAUCUGCUUGGUUUUGAGUUCCAAGCUUUGGUGGGAUUGGAAUUCAAUCUUCAUAUCCCUAGCAAUGAAGUGCUGCCUCAUUUGAAACGACUAGAAGCAGAACAACAAUAAUAGUUCAUUAACUACGGUAGUAUAGUCAGUUAUUGUAAUUUUACAGUAAAAGUUAAUGGUUAGCUAUUGUGCUAUUUUCCAUUUUUUUUUGUAAAAUAGUGUGUUUAUCAUACAUUUUAUUCCAAAGAUAAAUGUUUUGGUUAUUGUUAAUGGUUUUCAAAAACCUAUUCCACUCUUGUCUGUUAUUUAUUAACAGUUUAUUUUUUAGAAAAUCAAWUGUCAAAAUUUUGUCCACGGAAAUUCGAGGUGCUUGCGUUUGCAAACUAGGAAGUUUAUCAGGUUUCAAACUAAAAUGUUCUUUAAAGUUUUCUACUUGAUAAGUAAGUUUUCUAAAUAAUGCAUCUAGAAAAUGUAUUUACUUAGUAUUAGCUUGCAUUGAUUUUUUUUUUGCAGUAUGCAUUAUGUUGAAAGUUUUUAUUAUGGACAUGAACCAUGUUCUCCUAACAUGAUGAACAUUUUAAUGUUUGAACUAGUAAUUAAUCUAAGAUAAAAAUUUGACAAUGAAAGCAUAAGGUUGAUCCUUGUGACGACAGUCUUUGAGAAUGUAGUCGCAAGUAUUUCAUAGCCUAAAGAAGCUCACUAUGGCUAAUCAUGUCAUUGAAAAAAAAGUUGUUUAUAGUCAGAAUAUCCUGGACCAGUAUCUUUCCUAGUUGCAUAUAAUAUUUUAACUUCUCUUAUUAGUAAUAAUUUUGUCUAUUUUUCUUUAUUUCCACCUGACUACAAUUUCAACAAAACCUCUAAAGAAUUUUUUUAUCAGUGCCAUAAGAUUUUACACAUUAUAGAAGAUGGUACAACAAAAUCAUUGAAGAAAUUAGUAUAUUAAAUAUGGUAUGAACAAAUCCCAAAGUAUACUAGGAAAUAAUGGUUAUAUUGAGCUUGUAAAUAAUGUCAUUGUUAUUUAUAAAUAAAGCAUUUGACUUUACUAUAUA